CGGGUCGCAGAGCGCCGGCGGAGACGCACCUGCAGCCGCGCGCACCUGGCCCUGCGCACCGGCGCGGCCACCCGGGCCCGGGACUCCGAGCGCAGCGCAGCGCCCAGCUCCAAGUUGGAUCUCGCAGCCCUGCCAUGUGCCAGCCCUAGCUGCCCCUGAGACGAUGUCCGGGGUGUCGGAUCCCCUGAGCCGGGUGAAGGUGGGGACGUUCCGGCGACCCGAGGACGCCCCAGAGCCCCCGGACCCCGAGAAGCAGGAGGUGCGGAUCCUCAAAGUCUGUUUCUACAGCAACAGCUUCAACCCUGGCAAGAACUUCAAGCUGGUGAAAUGCACCGUGCAUACACAGGUCCAGGAGGUCAUUGCCUCCAUCCUGCUGAGCGGCCGCAUCGGCCCCAACAUCCAGCUGGCUGAAUGCUACGGGCUGAGGCUGAAGCACAUGAAGUCAGAUGAGACGCACUGGCUGCACCCGCUGAUGACAGUAGGCGAGGUGCAGGACAAGUAUGAGUGUCUGCACGUGGAGGCAGAGUGGAGGUACGACCUUCAGAUCCGCUACCUGCCUGAGGACUUCCUGGAGAGUCUGAAGGAGGACAGGACCACGCUGCUCUACUAUUACCAGCAGCUCCGGAAUGACUACAUGCAGCGUUAUGCCAGCAAAGUGAGCGAGGGAAUGGCACUGCAGCUCGGCUGUCUGGAGCUCAGGCGGUUCUUCAAGGACAUGCCCCACAAUGCACUUGACAAAAAGUCCAACUUCGAGCUGCUGGAGAAAGAGGUGGGGCUCGACCUGUUUUUCCCCAAACAGAUGCAGGAGAACUUAAAGCCCAAGCAGUUCCGAAAGAUGAUCCAACAGACGUUCCAGCAGUAUGCCUCACUGCGGGAGGAAGAGUGUGUCAUGAAGUUCUUCAACACGCUGGCAGGCUUCGCCAGCAUUGACCAGGAGACCUACCGCUGCGAACUCAUUCAAGGGUGGAACAUCACAGUGGACCUGGUCAUUGGCCCCAAAGGCAUCCGCCAGCUGACGAGCCCGGAUGCAAAGCCCACCUGCCUGGCCGAGUUCAAGCAGAUCAAGUCCAUCCGGUCCCUGCCGCUGGAGGAGGGUCAGGCCUUACUGCAGCUGAGCAUUGAAGGGGCCCCCCAGCCCUUGUCCAUCAAGACGCCCUCCAUGGCUGAGUCUGAAAAUAUGGCAGACCUCAUAGAUGGUUACUGCCGGCUGCAGGUGGAGCAGCUGGGCUCCCUCAUCCACCAUCCAAGGAAAGAUGGUGAGAAGCGGACCAGCCUGCCCACAGAUCCCCAUUGCUCGUGACCCCCCGCGCGCUCACACUCUGUCGAGAGCUGCAGCAUUGAGUCGGACAUUUAUGCAGAGAUUCCUGAUGAGACCUUACGAAGGCCAGGAGGCCUGGAGUACGGUGUUGCCCGGGAGGACGUGGUUCUGAACCGAAUUCUCGGGGAAGGCUUCUUUGGGGAGGUCUACGACGGGGUCUACACAAACCACCAAGGGGAGAAAGUGCACGUGGCUGUGAAGACCUGUAAGAAGGAUUGCACCCAGGAUAACAAGGAGAAGUUCAUGAGCGAGGCAGUGAUCAUGAAAAAGCUGGACCACCCGCACAUCGUGAAGCUCAUCGGCAUCAUCGAGGAAGAGCCCAUCUGGAUUGUGAUGGAGCUGUACACCCAUGGAGAGCUGGGCCACUACUUGGAGAGGAACAAGAGCUCCCUGAAGGUGCUCACGCUGGUCCUGUACUCACUGCAGGUCUGCAAGGCCAUGGCCUACCUAGAGAGUGUCAACUGUGUGCACCGGGACAUUGCCGUCCGGAAUAUCUUGGUGGCCUCCCCCGAAUGUGUGAAACUGGGAGACUUCGGCCUUUCCCGGUAUAUCGAGGAUGAAGAGUAUUACAAAGCAUCGGUGACUCGUCUCCCCAUCAAAUGGAUGUCCCCCGAGUCCAUCAACUUCCGACGCUUUACCACGGCCAGUGACGUCUGGAUGUUUGCUGUAUGCAUGUGGGAAAUCCUGAGCUUCGGGAAGCAGCCCUUCUUCUGGCUGGAAAACAAGGACGUGAUUGGGGUGCUGGAAAAAGGGGACCGACUGCCCAAGCCUGACCUCUGCCCACCUGUCCUCUACACUCUCAUGACCCGCUGCUGGGACUAUGACCCCAGCGAGCGGCCCCGCUUUACUGAGCUUGUGUGCAGCCUCAGUGACAUCUAUCAGAUGGAGAAGGACAUCGCCCUGGAGCAGGAGAGGAAUGCACGCUACCGACCCCCCAAAAUUCUGGAACCCACAGCCUACCAGGAACCCCCACCCAAGCCCAGACGGCCCAAGUACAAGCCCCCUCCACAGACCAACCUCCUGGCUCCCAAUCUGCAGUUCCAGGUCCCCGAGGGUCUGUGUGCCAGCUCGCCUACGCUCACCAGCCCUAUGGAAUAUCCAUCUCCUGUAAAUUCACUGCACACCCCACCUCUCCAUCGGCACAAUGUCUUCAAGCGACACAGCAUGCGGGAGGAGGACUUCUUCCGGCCCAGCAGCAGGGAGGAGGCCCAGCAGCUAUGGGAGGCGGAGCGGGCAAAGAUGCGGCAGGUGCUGGACCAGCAGCAGAAGCAGAUGGCCGAGGACUGCCGGUGGCUGCGGCAGGAGGAACGGGCUUUGGACCCCAUGGUUUACAUGAACAAUAAGUCCCCUCUGACCCCGGAGAAGGAAGCUGGUUACACGGAGUUCACGGGACCUCCCCAGAAGCCGCCACGGCUGGGAACACAGACCGUGCAGCCCACGGCCAACCUGGAUCGCACGGAUGACCAGGUGUACCUCAACGUCAUGGAGCUGGUGCGGGCCGUGCUGGAGCUCAAGGAUGAGCUUGGGCAGCUGCCUCCCGAGAACUAUGUGGUGGUGGUGAAGAAUGUGGGUCUGACUCUGCGGAAGCUCAUCGGCAGCGUGGACAGCCUCCUGCCUUCCCUGCCACAGGCAUCAAGGACUGAGAUUGAGGGCACCCAGAAGCUUCUGAACAAAGACCUGGCGGACCUCAUCAACAAGAUGCGUCUGGCACAACAGAACGCAGUGACGUCGCUGAGUGCCGAGUGCAAGCGGCAGAUGCUUACGGCCUCACACACACUGGCCGUGGACGCUAAAAACCUGCUGGAUGCUGUGGACCAGGCCAAGGUGCUGGCCAAUCUGGCGCAGCCACCCCCCCGAGUGACUUACGUAGGGCUACCUUCCGCCCAUGCCACUGCAUGACCCCUCUGCACUGACCCCACGCGUGCUGCCCUGCGCUGGGCACGGGGACCAGCGCUGUAGAUACUGGGGCACAGAGGCCCCGCCGGCUGCCCCUCGCAUCCUCCAGGCCUCUUGGAGUGGGGGUCCUCAAGCCGUCCCCCAUCAGCCACAGUGGUUCUGCCAUCUGGACAUGGCAGGCUGGUGAGGUGCCCAUGAGAUUCUCCUACCCCUUUGACCUGCAAAGUCCCUGAGAAGGAUUAGGUGGGGGUUGGAACCUCCUGUACUUUGGGGGGUUCCUAGGGAGAUGAGGGGUAGGCCUGCUCU